AUGGAUGAAAAAGCAGCAAACAAUGACGUGAUCAACAGGCUGGUGACUGAACUUGGGGAUGAGACUGAUGUAGUUAGAAAGAGUGCAUGUGCAGCUCUCGAGAAGAUGGAUGAAAAGGCAGCCACCGAUGACGUGAUCAACAAGCUGGUGACUGCACUUGGAGAUGAAAAUUAUGAUGUGAGGUGGAGUGCAUAUGCAGCCCUCAGGACGAUGGGUGAAAAAGCAGCUACCAAUGAUGUGAUCAACAGUUUGGUGACUGUUGCACUUGGGGAUGAGAAUAAGGAUGUCAGCCUGGGUGCAUGUAAAGCUCUCGAGAAGAUGGGUGAAAAAGCAGCCACCAAUGACGUGCUCAACAAGCUGGUGACUGCACUUGGGGAUGAAAAUAAGGAGGUCAGAGUGAGUGCAUGUGAAGCUCUCAACAAGGGUGCAAAAGCAGCAGACAAUGACGUGAUCAACAGGCUGGUGACUGCUAAUGACUGA